AUGUCCCGCCACUACCCUCGCCCACUCAUCCCUCCCCCGCCACCCCUUUCUCGCGCUCUCCCCCGCUCCCUCUUUUCUUCGCCAGUUGCGCCUAAGCUGCGCGAGGUGGACAAAUUGCGCGCGGAUGAGUCGCAUGUGGACGUUAAGCUAAAAUGUAUUUUGCCGCUUUCCACCCCUCCAAACCCCUUUGUCUCCUCACCUUCCCUUCCCCCUCCCCCGUCCAGUUGCGCCCAAGCUGCGCAAGGUGGACAAAUGGCGCGCGCACGAGUCGCAUUUGCGCCCAAGCUGCGCAAGGUGGACAAGUGGCGCGCGCGCGAGUCACACGCUGACGCCAUCCUUAAACGCAGCUCGCUCGUUCCGCCGCUCGUUCCCGAACCCUCCCCGGCGCGCGUCAAAAGCAGCGUUAAACCCUCCGAAAAACUCGCUGAUAAACCCUCGGAUAAACCCGCAAAUGCAUCUGCGGAUAAGCCCGCGGAUAGCGCUGGGGUUGCGCUGGCGCCCGCAGAAAGAGGGGGAGGGGGAGGGGGAGGGGCAGAGGAGAGUGGCGACGGCGGCGGAGGGGAAAUCGUUGCAGCAGCAAGUGGGGAAGGGGCUAUGGCUAUCGUUCAGAGUGCCGGCACGAGUUCUGGCGGGAAAGAAAUUGUUGCGGCGGAUUCAGGGGUUGCAGGAGGAAAGAGGCGCGCCAAGAAGGCAAGGAAGAACUCUCAGAAGCCACUUUUCGAUCUGUGGGCGGAUGAAGGUGAGAGGGAGGGGUGUGACGAUGGGGAGUUGGGUGGGGGGAGGAAGGAAGGGGAGGGGGAUAAUGGGAUGGUGGUGGUUGGAUUAGGGGAGGAAGGAAGGGGAGGGGGAUUAUGGGGUGGUGGUGGAGGGGUGAGGGGAGGAAGGGGAGGGGGAUUAUGGGGUGGUGGUGGAGGGGUGAGGGGAGGAAGGGGAGGGGGAUUAUGGGGUGGUGGUGGAGGGGUGAGGGGAGGAAGGGUAGGGGGAUUAUGGGGUGGUGGUGGAGGGGUGAGGGGAGGAAGGGGAGGGGUAUUAUGGGGUGGUGGUGGAGGGGUGAGGGGAGGAAGGGGAGGGGGAUUAUGGGGUGGUGGUGGAGGGGUGAGGGGAGGAAGGGGAGGGGGAUUAUGGGGUGGUGGUGGAGGGGUGAGGGGAGGAAUGGGAGGGGGGUUUGGCAAGGCGGUUAUAGGAGGGUUUACCAGACGAAAUCUAGCUGGCAACCGCCGUGGUGUUCGCGCUACGGACAAGGCAACACCAGGGGGAGGAGGGGAGGUGGAAGAGCGAGUGAGGAGGAGAGGCGAUGGGAAGAUGAUAGGAGGCAAGGAGGAGAGGAACAAGCCAGGGUCUGCAAUCCCAGCAGUCGAGAUCGACGCCCCUGGGUGCUCCUUCAAUCCUUCGAUCGAAGAGCAUCAGGAUGCCAUCGCAGUGGCAGUGGCGGAGGAAUUAAAGGAGAGCUACCAGGCAGCACUGGCGCCCACACCGCCGCAGCUGAUGGUGUCGCGGGCAGAGGAGGAGGAAGCACGGAUGCAGGAGGCAGCGGUGAGAAUGGGUGGUGUGGAAUGUGGUGGGUUUGAUUGCGGUGGAGUGAGUGCUCGCCCCCACACCGUCGCAGCUGAUGGUGUCACGAGCAGAGGAGGAGGAAGCACGGAUGCAGGAGGCAGCGGUGAGUUUAAGGAGGUGGAGUGCGGUGGAGUGAGGUACAGUGCUAUGGGUGUGGGUAUUGAUUUCUUCCUGACUCAAGGAGAGGAAGAUGAAGAGGAGGAGGAGGAGGAAGAGGAGGAUGAGGAUGGCAACACUGCUGCUGUCACCAAGCACAGAGUGCCAAAGCGUCUCACCAGGGCGGAUCUGAACCGGCGCAUGCGGCACAAAUUGGUGGAAGCAGAACUGGCAAAGCGGAGGAAACUGAAGGCGAUGCGGAAGGACCUAGACCGGUUGAAGGAUUUGCAGAGGGAGCUGGAGGAGGAGAGGGAGGAGGCGGAGAAGAGGAGGGUGAGGAGGGAGAUUGCACGGGUGGAACUGAGGAUGAAGCGAGCACCCAGGCUGGGGAGACAUAAGUUCAAGCCAGAACCAAUGAGUGUGCUCACGUCAGAUCAAGUCACCGGGUCGCUCAGGCAACUUAAGCAAGCAGUCCCUAACGAGGAAGAGGAGGGUGGUGGAGCAGGGCAAUCGGGGAGCAAGGGAGCGGGAGAUGCACGCUGA